AUGGGCUUCGCCUCAGACGCGCAGUCGGAGGCGUUGAACGAAUUCCGCCGCGGUCUGGGCAUAAGCGACCUGCAGGUGGCUAUCAACAAAGCUUCUGGACCGACACCGCCAGGCUGCGCCGUUUGCGAGGCAUGUCUCACUUGUUGGAGCCGCUGCGCACCUUCUCCGGCCGAUGCAGUACCACGAAGCGACGUCGGUCAGCUGAGGGCAUUGUUGGAAUCCGCGGUGGAAAGGGCAAACGGCCCUGCACUCCUCAG